AUGGAUCGCUUGAAAGCGAAAAGGACUGUACUGCGAGGGAGGACCACUCGAAUCAUCAACGAAAGCAAAGCUCUUCUUUCAUCUGAGACCGCCAGCGCUGAGGAGCUCACCGUUCUACUAGAUCGCCUCACCAUUUGCAGUACCGACUUGAAAGACGUCGAUACCCAGGAGUAUGACAGCUGCUUUGGAUACCAAGAGGAAGUAAGCACAGUAGUCUCAAAAUUGAACUACAAACUUCGACAAGUUGAAGCUCCGGCUUUGCAGACCAUGACAUCGCAAACUGAGAGGAACGCUCUGUCCUUGAGGGAGUCAACGAGAUCUGGAAUUAAGUUACCAAAGCUCCAGCUACAAAAGUUCAAUGGCGAGCCCACGCUGUGGCCAAGCUUCUGGGAGCAAUACUUAAGCAGCAUACAUGAAAACGCUACCCUUUCCAACAUCGAGAAAUUCCAGUACCUGAGAUCUCUUCUCGUUGGACGGGCGUCUGCUGCGAUUGAGGGACUCCAGGCCACGGAAGCUUGCUAUGAUGAUGCAUUGGAGUUGCUGAAAAAACGUUUUGGUGAUAGACAGAAGAUAGAACACGAGUAUUUCUCCCGUCUGCGUCAACUUUCCCAUAUUCGCUCUUCGCACGAUACUGGUGGACUGAGGAAGAUGUAUGAUCAGGCCCAGUCUAGUAUGCGGGGAUUAAAAUCUCUCGGAAUAACUGCUGGAAGUUACGCAGCGAUGAUGAACGACAUUCUCCUGAACGCGUUGCCACAGGACAUGGUUUUGGACUACCAUCGUAGGAAACAGCAACAAGCAGCACAGCUCGAAAACUCCGAAAAGCAGUUAGAGGAUCUCCUCGAUUUUCUCCAGAACGAUGUUGAAAGCAGAGAAAAGGCGGGAAUAUCUAGCCAGGAUGGAGGAGUUGUGAAACGAAGAGGGAGUCAGAUGAGCCGUCCCAGUGGGCUAGUACUCCAAACGGGUUCUGAGCCGGCCAAGUGCAUCUUUUGCGGCUCUUCGGCGCAUACGACUGAACGAUGCUCCUCUGAUAUGAAUCUGAGUGCCCGAAAAGAGAAGCUCAAAUCUCAGCGAAGAUGUUUCCGAUCCACCUGGGUGGGACAUAUGACGAACCAGUGUGUGAGACGUGUCAAAUGCGAUAAAUGCAAAGGUAGACACGUAACCUCCAUGUGUGACCCGGAGUACAACCCAGCCCAGUCAGCUAGCCCUAAAACGCAAACCCGCAGCGCAGUGAUCGCCACGUCCUCAGCCACUUCACGUUCCACGGUUUUGCUACAGACUUUCCGGGCUUGGGUGGUCGCCGACAAGAAGUGCGCAUACAUUCGAUGA